CAUUAGUCUAUAAAGUCUAUAAAUGUUUGGUGUUUCUGUUCAUUCCCUGUCUGGUCAUUGUUGCAUGUCACAUGUACAGGUAUAUAUUGGUGAGCUUUCCAAGGACUUCCUGCGGAUCACUCCCACCCAGCAGCAGCAGCAGGUCCAGCUGGAUGCCCAGGCAGCCAGGCAGCUGCAGUAUGGAGGCUCAAUGGGCACCAUAGGGCGACUCAGCAUUACUGUGGUCCAGGCCAAGCUGGCUAAAAACUACGGUAUGACCCGGAUGGAUCCAUAUUGUAGGAUCCGACUGGGCUAUGCAGUCUACGAGACACCGACUGCUCACAACGGAGCAAAGAACCCGCGCUGGAACAAGGUGAUCCAGUGCACGGUGCCUCCUGGGGUCGACUCCUUCUACCUGGAGAUUUUUGAUGAGAGAGCGUUCUCUAUGGAUGACAGGAUAGCAUGGACUCAUGUCACCAUCCCUGAAGGCCUGAGGGAGGGUAGUGUGGUUGACGAGUGGUUCAGCCUCAGUGGCAGGCAGGGUGACGACAAGGAGGGCAUGAUCAACCUGGUGAUGUCUUUUGCUUCUUUACCAGCAGGGAUGAUGACACAGCCUGUUGUUCUAAUGCCCUCUGUGUACCAGCAAGGAGUCGGAUAUGUGCCCAUUUCAGGGGUGCCUGCAGUCUACAACCAGGGCGUGGUGCCCAUGACAAUGCCAGCAACCAUGCCAGCAGUUGGGAGCCAGGGACCAGUGUGCAGCGAGGAAGACCUGAAGGCUCUGCAGGACAUGUUCCCCAACCUGGAUAAGGAGGUGGUUCGCACCGUGCUGGACGCACAGCAGGGCAACAAGGACGCAGCCAUCAACUCGCUGCUGCAGAUGGCUGAGGAGCUCUAACUGAAGAACGCAAUUGUACAGUGGACAUGCCAGCACACACACACACACACACAGACACACACACACACAGACACACACACACACACACACACACACACACACAGAUAAAAACAGUCUUUACUCAUGGAGAGGUCGCCCACCCUUUUGCAUACACCCAGAGUGUGGUUGAUAGCUUGCCCACAUACUGCAGCCAUAUCUGAGCUCCCACCAGCUCAGCUCCCUUUAUUGACUCCUUGUUGGCCAAAGUGCAUGAAGCCUUCGCGAAGCAUCACAACAACUGUGUUCACCUUUGGUUGUAAGAUGAUAUCAAUGGCAGAUAUGUUUGGGGAGUUCUUUAAGUCAUGACAGGAUCAUUAAAGUUUGUAUCACAGUAGAGACUCAAACUGAAUAUUCAAUUGGCAGUAGUGUUACCUGAUGGGUAUUGUAAAUCUUACUAGCACAAAUCAUAAUGCGUUUCUUGAUUGUUUCAACAUCACAACCUUUCACUGGCAUCAUGGGAAACCCAGCCCGUAUUCCCCCCAGUGAUCCCACUGUUCCAUCUUCUGCUUAUGUUACUGUUGUUAAUAGUGUAUGGAGAACCUGUCUGUAGUAACCUGCAGUGAACUGCUUCUGUUCCAAAUGAAGCUGUAAAAUGUUUAGUGCACUCAAAAUCUGAUCAAUUAUUAUGGAUGUAUGAUGAUAUAGAAUUAUAUGUUGAGAAUUAAAAGUGAAAAAAUGUU